GGAAUCGUGCGGCCACAGCGCCGCCCGCAGCCGCGCAGCCCGCUGCCGUCCGGCCCUCGGCGCCGCUCGGGUCCCGGCUCCCGCGGCCGCCGCGCGCCCCUCCCCUCCCCUCCCCUCCUCACCCCUCCCGGGUCUGGCCAGCCCCUUCCCGCCGCCGCCUCUGGAGGAGCCGGUCCACCGCGGGUCACCACCAUGCCCAGCAAAACCAAGUACAACCUUGUGGACGAUGGGCACGACCUGCGGAUCCCCUUGCACAACGAGGACGCCUUCCAGCACGGCAUCUGCUUCGAGGCCAAGUACGUCGGAAGCCUGGAUGUGCCGAGGCCCAACAGCCGAGUGGAGAUCGUGGCUGCCAUGCGCCGGAUCCGGUAUGAGUUCAAAGCCAAGAACAUCAAGAAGAAGAAGGUGAGCAUUAUGGUUUCAGUGGAUGGAGUGAAAGUGAUUCUGAAGAAGAAGAAGAAGCUUCUUUUAUUGCAGAAAAAGGAGUGGACGUGGGAUGAGAGCAAGAUGCUGGUGAUGCAGGACCCCAUCUACAGGAUCUUCUACGUUUCUCAUGAUUCCCAGGACCUGAAGAUCUUCAGCUAUAUCGCCCGAGACGGUGCCAGCAACAUUUUCAGGUGUAACGUCUUUAAAUCCAAGAAGAAGAGCCAGGCUAUGCGAAUCGUGCGGACGGUGGGGCAGGCUUUCGAGGUCUGCCAUAAGUUGAGCCUCCAGCACACGCAGCAGAACGCAGACGGCCAGGAGGACGGAGAGAGUGAGAGGAACAGCAGCAGCUCAGGGGACCCAGGCCGCCAGCUUCCUGGAGCCGAGAGGGCCUCCUCGGCCACCGCGGAGGAGACAGACAUUGACGCAGUGGAGGUCCCGCUCCCAGGGAAUGACAUCCUGGAAUUCAGCCGAGGUGUGACUGACCUUGACGCCGUCGGGAAGGAAGGAGGCUCCCACCCGGACCCAAAGGCUUCACCCCACCCCCCGGAGCCCAUGCUGGCGGCCUCGCCCAGGAUGCUCCUUCCCUCUUGCUCGGCGAAGCCCCCAGGCUUGGGCCCAGGGACGCCGCUGUCCUCCCACCACCAGAUGCAGCUCCUCCAGCAGCUCCUCCAGCAGCAGCAGCAGCAGACGCAAGUGGCUGUGGCCCAGGUUCACUUGCUGAAGGACCAGCUGGCUGCCGAAGCGGCUGCGCGGCUGGAGGCACAGGCCCGCGUGCACCAGCUCCUGCUGCAGAACAAGGACCUGCUGCAGCACAUCUCUCUGCUGGUCAAGCAGGUGCAGGAGCUGGAGCUGAAGCUCUCGGGACAGAAUGCCAUGGGCUCCCAGGACAGCUUGCUGGAGAUCACCUUCCGCUCCGGAGGUCUGCCGGUGCUCUGCGACCCCACCACCCCGCAGCCGGAGGACCUGCCCUCACCGCCCCCGGGCGCGGGCCUGGCCGAGCUGGCCCACCCGGCCGGCAGCCCCCUAGUGGACCACGGCAUGUUCGAGAACGUGAACGCCGCCCACGCCCCGAAGCUGCAGCCCAGCUGCUCCUUCCCCCACCUGUCCCGGCUGGCGGCCCCCAGCUCGGCCGCCCCGGGGUCGGGGGUCUGGGUGGGCAGCAGUCAGCACCUCAAGAACCUGGGCAGAGCCGUGGGGGCCAAAGUCAACGACUUCCUGCGGAGAAAGGAGCCCUCGAGUCUGGACGGUGCAGGCGCCAUGGAGAUUAAUAGGACUGCAGGGGCCCGGCUGGCCGGCGGGGUUCCGGGCGAGGAGGCCAGGUCGGCCCUGCCAGAUGCAUUCCCUCGGCUGGAUCCCCCGCCUCCCAUCACCAGGAAGCGAACCCCCCGGGCCCUGAAGACGACGCAGGACAUGCUGAUUUCGUCACAGCCCGUCCUGAGCAGCCUGGAGUACGGGACAGAGCUGUCUCCUGGGCAGCCCCAGGACCCCCUUCCCACUGCGCCACCCGAAGCCCCCCUGGAAAUGGUGGACAAGGGCGAGGCUCUGCCCAAUGGAGAGGUUUCCCUGUCCGUGCCUGACCUGAUUCACCAGGACGGCCAAGACGAACCCAAGCCGAAGACGACUGAGUGCCGAAGGGCCUCCUCCCCGGGCCUCCUGGAGAGGAACGGCCUCAAACUCGGCCUGAGCCCCCCCGACCUGGCCGAGCCGCUGGAGGACGGCAGCUCCCCUCCUCGGGCACGGACCUCCAGCCUUGACAAUGAGGGCCCGCACCCAGACCUGCUCUCCUUUGAGUAGGGCCUCUUCUUCCUGCCAAGCACCCCCUUCCCCUUUGCCAUCUCCUUCCCUGGUCCCCCUAGCCCCCGACCCCGGCUCUGUGUGCCCCUUGCUUCCUGGUGCAGAGAUCAGCAGAGAGCUGGUCCCCCCGCGUGGGCUGUGCAGCGCCAAGAGUCGCUCAGUUGUCCUUGUCAAAGGCUCAUUUUCUGUAAACCUGAGGACCGGUCCUCUGGGUGCCGGCCACAGCCCCGGGGUGUUGGAGCACCUCUACUCCCCCGCCGCCCUGACUUCCCACUGUGCCCCUGCCCCUCUCCUUCCAUAGUCUGGUUCCCCUCUCCUGCCUCGGCUGAGGGAAUCUGGCUGGGUGGGGAAUGAAGGGUUUGGCUGAGGAUGGGCCCAGCCUGGAAAGCGGCCUUACCCUGAGUGCCGCCCAGCCUCCGUUCCGCCCGGUCCUGAGACCACGGAGGCCCCAGGUGGUUGCCUCGCGUCUGGCCUUUGGGUGCGGGCCAGAGGAGACACCAGGCCUGAGACCCGGAGGCAGCCUGGUCGCCGGCGGGUCUCGGGGUGUUUCCCAUCUGAUCAGUUGGGGAACACACCAAGUCCGCCGGGGUGGGGCCCAGAGCCAGGCACUGAGGCGGCCCUGGGGGAAAGGGGUGCGACCUGGCACAUGUGGGCUCCAGGUGCAGAAGGGGAGGCCGGAGCACCUUGCUGCACGGGGACAGGGCUAGGCGGGCCCUGCAGAGGCAGCAGAUGGGCCACCAUCCUGCUUUGGGGGAGGGCCCGGGAACGUGGGGUCCAGGCAGCUGGCCCCAACAGAACCUGGGGCCGAAGUCGUGGAGAAGACAGGAUGAGGCCAGGGCAGCGGCUGGGGGCUCAGAGCAGUUUUCAGGGACCACCCCAUGGCCUGAAAUGAGGCAGAGGUAGGGUCCGGGUAUGGUAAGUGUCCGAGCUGGGGUGACGAACAGGAGACUGCGAUGUGGCAGGAGCCCUGGGACAGGCUCCCUCUCACCAGGCAGGAGGUGUUUGCGCUCGUGUUCAGAUGGCCUGUGACUCCCGUCUCCCUCAAGCAGCCUCUGCCCUGCCUUCCCCUGGCCCAGAUGCCACAUGGUCCUCUCUGCAUCCCGGCCUUCGGGAUCUAUGUCCGGUUCAUCCAGCACUACCCGGUGCCUGGCCUUCUGGGUUAACCCACUUUUAUGUUCCUCUCUCCCACCAGGGACCCUGUCAUGCUGUCUUCCUGUGGCCAGGAAACGCUGUCGGGGGGAGAGCCCAACCCUGGGGGCCUUUGCAGCAAGAAGAGAACCUCCCUUUUGUUGAACAGGGUGGCUGGCUGCCCGGAGAAGCCUGGCGUGGCCCAUCCAGCCGUGGCAGCCGGUGGGCAGUCUUCCUCCUGGGCCUCCUGCUGCCGCCCCUUUUCUGUCCAUUGUUCGGCUCCCCCUGCUCCCCAGCACUGCUCAUGUCCCAUCACCCAGUUCCCGCUCCCCGCCCUCCCCACCUCUGCGUGUGACAUCCAAGCAAACUCCUCUGGACCCAGGAUCCGGGAGCCUGGUGGGAGGUGGCUCAGCAGGGUGCCGGCGGCCCUUCUGGUGUUCUUGCUUCUGGAGCCUCCUGCCCCCUCUCGCACCCCGUCUUCCGUUGCCCCAGAAAGCCGGGCUGCACCGUGUGCUCCUGGCAAAGCCUCAGCUCCCUUUCCCACGAGGGGCCCUGCAGGCCGGGUGCCGGGGCAGGGCAGGUACUGAAGGUCUAGAUCCUGCCACCUUCCUCCAAGAACAUCAUGACAAUAUGAUCUCUGACCCCGAGACUCAGAAGUUCUCGGGACGAGCGUUUGGAAGCCUGUGAGUUCUCCCAGAACAGCUUGGGGUUUUGCAGACAACACAGAGCUGGGGACCGGGGUGGCAGGGUGGCGGGGGCAGAGAACCUAACGGCCUGUGCUGGGAGCUUCCAUGCCAGAAGAUCUGUUUGCUUUUCUGGUGGGAAACUCAGCAGAGCCUUGGCCCCUGGGGCUUCUGCCCCAGAGAUCAGGGUGGCCCCCGCCAAGUGACGGGGCGGCCCGACGUGCGGAGAGCUGGAGGGCCUGGGCUGGCUUAAGCAUGCGCUCUCCAUGCCACACCCAGCCCCUGCUGAGGUCCGGGACCUCAGACUCAGGGUAGCCCAGGGAUCCCGGGUCGUCCCAGGACCAUUGCCAGCCCAACGCUGGAGUUCCUCAGACUCCUGUCUGGUGCCCAACGAGGGCUGGCGGGCCCCUGCUCCCAUCGUGGGCGUCUCCAUGAUCUCCACCCAGGCCAUCGACCUCCCACCGGGGGUGGGGAGGUGGCGAAGCUGCCUUGUGGAGGGGGGGAGGGCUCAAGCCUGAAGUCCCAGCCUAGAUGCCUGGUGUUGGGGCUGAAUGCUGCCCCCAGGCGGCGGCAGUGACAACUUCCAGUCCUCCUGGGGGCCUGGGCCCUGAGCGGCUUCCUGUGUCUGUCUCAACAGCCUGACCUCACUGUGGUCACAGUGUCCCCCCCACGCCCCGCCAAACACACCCUCACAGUGAGUCCAGCUUCUCGCUAUGGGCCACUUGGGUGGCCUGGUCGACGCAAGGGCAGGAUAAUGAGAAACGACCUAUCUUCUGAGCCUGCAUAAGGGAGUUGGGGGCACAGUCUCUUCCCUCCCUGGUACCCACCCCCAGCCCCACUGUACCCCUAGUCGGCACCUAGCCUUCCCCUGAUAAAUCACAGGUGAGCUUCCAGAACCUGGCAGGAGAGUGGCGCUCUCCCCUGCACAGAGAGAGUGAUGUCUGUGUGACGUACGUGGACGGUAUGAAGACAAAUGGGCAUAGCUAGGCCCAUCGGCUUUGAAAGAACAAAGAGCUUGGCCCCACUGUGGGAGAGGAACUUUACAGAUCUGAGUAUUUUCUAGAGAUUUUAUAUUUAUAUUUUUAGUAGUGUUCUGGUAGAAGGAAAGUACAGAAUAAAACGAUCUGGUUUGG